AUGGAGAUCCCAGGCCCCAUGCCUCCUCUGAUCAGGGAGAUGUUGGAGAACCCUGAGGCCUUUGAGGACAGCAGCGACUCUGGGGACAGCGCCUCCGCCCCCCCUGCCAUCCAGGCCAUCAAGAAAGAGAGGGAGGAGGAAAAGAGCCUGGAGGAGGAAGAUGAGGAUGAGGAGGACGAGUGGGGGGACGAGGAAAGGGAGAGAGGGGCGGACAGCGAUGGGGAGCCCUGGGGGGAGGCUGCAGCGGCAGAAGCAGGGUCCCAGAAAGGGGCGACUGGGAGAUCCCAGUAAGAGAGACAUAGUGAUGCACUCUGACCCAUUCACGUAACCUCCUGCUCCACCACCCUCAGACAGACCAACACACCCUGUCCUAUCACACCAAGUCAUCUCCCUACAUGAGCAGCCCAUCCUAUAACAAGGGUCUACUCCAAGACCUAGCACUCACCUCUGCUGUUACACCUGUUAAACUACCCCCCACCCAUCUCUCCAAGCACACGCACACAUACAUUUACACAUAUACACAUAUACACAUACAUACUGUAUACCCAUAAGAAUUCCUCCUUUGCUCUAGAUAGACAGUGAAGUAAAGGCUCUAUGUAGUGAACCUACUCUGACACUCCAGGGUGAAACUGGCCCUCUCUACAGGAACAGGUGGAACAUGUAGUUAGGGAAAAAAGAGGAGAGAGAGAAAAACUAAAUCUCACAUACUUGGGACAAGGGCCACGAGAGAUCACUUUGCCAACCAUAAGACUGACCGACCCAAUGUUACUUUACAAUGCUGUCUCCACACAAAGAGAAACACAGGAGAUGCUAAACUGAGUGGCAGCAGCUUGGAGUGGUGGACUAUAUGAAAUGCACUCACCCACUUUCCUUAAGGGCUACUCUGAGUGCAAGAGCAAUGAUGAAAACGACAACUGCAACAACCAAACUCUUAACGUGAAAACCAUUCGCCACAAAUGCCUUUGAGAAUUGUAUUUUUCUUUUCUUUUCAUUGACAUUUCUUUUCAUAAAUGUUUUUCUAUUGUAUGAUUUUCCCCAAAAAAAACAUUCAUAUUUGAUCAUAUAUUCAUUUGUAUUACUAUGCAUUUUUCUCUGUUAUUGUUGUCUCGUUUGUGCUUCAGUCAUGCUCAUGUUUGACGAGCAAUCUCAAACUAGCGAUAGAUUUUCAGUUUGUAAGUUGGCAACUCAACUCACAAACUGGCAACUCUCUUCUGAUCGUUACAUCAGCUGUGCUUCACUCAUUGGGACAGAGCUUACUAUAGAUCUCUGCUCGAUGAGACAAACAAAAACAACAAGGAUUUGACCAAUGGACUACGGCACAUUGUAAGCUAUAGUUGUGAGCUACACAUAUACUUAAUAAACACACAAACACACAAACACACUCCUUUAACAUCUAUAAAUGUGUGCAGGGUCAAUUUUAUGCAAUUUAAUGCCAAUGCUUUGACUCAGGGUGACUCUAGAGAUGGACCGAAUCUCACCAGUGUGAAUGUUCAAGAAAAUCACAACAAGGAAGUGUGGGGUAGCAUCGACGGUCCGCCACUCUCCCUGUUCUCUUCAUCAACAAGCCAUUCAACAGGGAUCUGAAUGUGAAAGAGAACUCUUUUAGUUCUCGUUGGAGAACCUCCUUUGUUCUCAAUGAAAUGCCUGGCAGUCUACCAUGGGGAUCAGAUAUCUGGGUGGGCAGAAUCCAGAACAUAGCUGAGUAUCUGUGAUUUUGAAAGUAGGUGUCUGCUCCCAGCCAUAGCCGCGGGAAGUAGGGGUGCUGAGGGUGCUGCCCCACCCCCAAACAUCUUCCCAAGACAUGGCUCAGGUGGUGUGUUGAUAAUAGUACAGCAUAAUAAGCCAUAAUGAGCAGUGUUAUGAGUCAGAAUACAUGGACUGGAUCACUAACACAGGACCAGUUUAGUCUUAGGUCCAUUCAUUCAAUAGAACAACUCAUGUAUAAGUCAUAGUUACACAUAUCAUUGAUGUCAAUGAAGUCUCACCCUCAUACAGUGAUGAUCUCGUAGAUGAAUAAGCAAUAUUGGAAUUAUAUGCAAAGCCAUGAAUCAGGAAAUGAAUGUGUCUGGGGUAUGUAGAUGUAUUUGUGUGUCGGUGUGUGUGUGCACGCACGUGUGUCUCUCUUUGUGUGUUUCUCGCUACUUGUAUAGCGUAAUUGAGUGUUUUAUGCUCGUUCUACCAUAGAAUAAAUGAGAUAGUAUUUUGGAAACUGUCUACAUACAUAAACUGGGUUCUAGGCGUUUUAGUCCAUAGUGCUGUCCAAGAACAUGCACAGAGCCAUAUGGUUGACUUCAUUACUACAGUCAUAUAGAAAAUUCUUCAAUCAUAAAGUUAAUCUACGCAAACCCAGGGUUUUGUAAAAAAUAAAUAACAGUUUUUCUUACUCAUGUUAUUUCACUUUUAUGCUUUACACAUGAAAUAGAAAUUUAGAUACAUUUGUCCUUUUAGAAUGACUGCAUUUAAUUAUCAAAAAGUCCACAAGUGAAAUAUUCCACCCAGUUCCUCUAUAAACUUUCCUUCCUGCUCCAAGCAUUACUGUACAAGAUCUUACUUUAAUAAAGGAGCAGGGUUUUAUGCUCAUGAUAUCUCAAACUCCAAAUCUACAGUGUAUUCAGAUUGCAUACCGUCGGCACCAUGCCGUUGGUCUCUUAGCCAUGUCCAACAGGCACAGCAGUGGACUUGUAAAAGCCUGUGGUUGUAAAGCAUUAACAUGGACCUCAGGCUGAGUAAGACUUCCAGUGUAAGGAAUGGAUUUGGAGUUAAUCCCCAGUGUACAUUGAGACCAUUAGUUAUUCUGAGAGAGUGAUUUACACCUUCACGUCAGCAGCCACUGCACAGGCCUACCUCUUACUCAGUACUCAGCCAAGCCCUCUUGGAGUAGGGGGAGAAUUUGCCUAUACAGUCACACCCUGAUGCAUAAACCUCAACCCUCACUGCAGCGCAGUUCACAUAGCCACUCUAGUGCGAUAUCUGAUAUCACUUGUUUAAAACAAAAGCCAUAUUUACUGUGUGUAUGCUAUUUAUGUAUGUGUGUGGCCUCAGAAUGCUACAGAGGACUCUGUCACUAGCUAGAUUUCCAUCCAAUUGGCAACAGAUUUCCAUGUGAAUGUUCUAAAAUCAGCAUAAAAACGAUAUGCGCAUUUUCCCACCAGAGAUGUGUUCCCAUCAAAUUGACUUGUUGCAGUCUGUGUGUGAUGACAUAGUGCACAUAAAAAUAACUUGCGCAGUUAAAUUCCCAUGUACUGAAUAAAAAAUUAAAGGUAAAUGGGUUUCCAUCGCAUUUUCAACUCUACUGAUAGUUUUGUAACAGUACAUCACCUGCUCUCUAGCCAACAGCUCGCAGAUAAAGUGUGGGUAUAGGCUACCUACAUGAUGAGUGCGAGAUUGUUUUUAUUUGUCAAAUGGCAGCCAAGCAUCGAUCAUCAUGUCACCAGAAUAAGACCAUCAAUAUUUAUUGGAAAGGAGCAUCAAGCUCAUCAGCGUGCACUUUCACCACCCUGUGAAGUUUACCAUAAUUUAUUUCAUCUAGCCUAAUACACUGCAUGCUCUACUGAGUCGUAGUGGGAUGAACACACAAUAUAAUCGCCUGACUCCAAGUUAACUUCGAUAUGAUAGUUAAUAUAUCAAUAUUAAACGCUUUUUCUCUCAUCAUUCAUUUUACCAACACAAAACGAUCCUACCUUGUAUAGCAUAUUUUGUUUUGUCAACAUUUGGAAAGUUUACCGAUAAAUGUGCUGUUUCCAUCAGGCCUGUCUGACAUGUACUUACUCGCAUAAAAAGGUUGCAAUGGAAACCUGGUUUCUGUCUCACAAUAUUAGUUACAUUACAAUAUAUUUGAUACCAUGGUCAUACCCCUAAAUUAUAUAUGAAAUCAGGUUCAUUUGACUCCUGAGGGGUUUCUUGGAAUAGCAGUAAUAAAUAAAGGUAUGAUUUAAGUAUUUGUUAAUUGUUUCCUUGUUAUAUAGUCAAUGUUUUGUUUGAAGAUAAGCAGAUGUAGCAAAGAGCCAUGGUGCUUGUGCAUUUAGCAAGCACAACCAAUAUAGAAAGGGAUGUAGAUGUGUGAAUCUGCAUUUUCCUAGCUAUAUUUGAAGAAAAUAGGGCAUAUAUUUUGGACAAAAACUUUUCAAAGACAGCUGAAAUACAGUAGUGAUUAUUUGAUGGCAAUGAUAAUUGAAAAUAGAUUGACCAAAGAAAAAACAAUUACACCAGUGUUAUCAUUCAGGAAUAAUUUCAAUUAGGCACAUUAUUUGAAAUGUGUGUGCUAUUGUCUGAGUUUGUAUUUUUGUUCCAUUUUACAGCUUGGAGUAUUAUUGAUAAGCUCUAUCUUUUUAAUGCUUGAGGAUUGUUGGGUAUUUUAUGAGAUAACGAAUUGCUUUUGAGAAUGUACUAUACUUGUCUUAAUUUUCAUUUUUUUCUUAUUUGUUGGUGUUCAUAGCCAUAAUAUAACUUUAAUUUUUCAUUUUAAUCUGUAAAAACAUUAUGCUUUUUAAAAACUCUCUAAAUUCAGGGAUUUCAAAAUCUGUCUAUGAUUUGUAUUUCUGUUUGUGUAAAAACAUGAAAUCCCCAGUUUGUGUUUGUAUGCUCUUGUGAGAUAGAAUAUACUGGUAGUUUGUGUUUGUAUGCUCUUGUGAGAUAGAAUAUACUGGUAGUUUGUAUUUGUAUGCUCUUGUGAGAUAGAAUAUACUGGUAGUUUGUGUUUGUAUGCUCUUGUGAGAUAGAAUAUACUGGUAGUUUGUGUUUCUGUUGUUUCAUGUCGGCUGUCCAUUAUCAAAGUUUCUCAAAACAACGCUUUGUGUAGCCUGUCUUUGUUGUCCCUUAAAACAUGUUUUAUUGUCAUUAAGGUGGUUGUCUUUUCUUGUACGUUUGGAUGUUGUUGUUUAUAUUUUGAUAUUAUAAAGAAACGUAUCUUUUAUAUGUGUGUGUUCAUUUGUAUUACAUGUGCACUGUAUCAUCAUGUCAGAUGCAUACCUGGUCAAAACACAUGGACACUGGGGGGGCGAUGUAGUUCUGCCAUAGCAAGGUGAAUCCACUGCUACUCUAUUGGGAAUUAAUGGGGGGUUAAAUCACCACCCAUUUCACACUAUCGAGUCAAGGUGAGCCGAACUGUACUGCGCUGGCCUGGUUACAUAUCCACCACAGUUGCUGGAACCUUGCUGGAAAGGACAAUGUUGAAAGAAAAUAUCUGAGCCAGCACAGUACUGUAUAGGUCAGAAAGAUACUGUAGUGUGUAAAGGUUAUUAUGAUAUGAUCAAACCAAGUCAUUGGGUUGAAUUGGCCAUGCAAUUGUGGACAUACUAAUAUUACCCAUUUUUGUAUUAAUCAGUGCUAAAUUAGAUGAAUUUAUCAGUGGCUUGCGGUUUCGCCUGGCCCAUUGACUACUUUAAAGGUAAAAUAUAAAAUAAAUGUAAGUGAAAAAUUACCAAAUGUGUCCUAUAAUGGCAAUAUACUGUAGACAGCAGAGACCAGAGUUGAAUGUGCAACACUUAUUUUUUAUUACAUGGGCUCGAACCGGGUGGCCUAAAGGGUUCUUCGGCUGUCCCCAUAGGAGAAACCUUUUUGGUUCCAGGUAGAACCCUGUUUUGCUCGCUUGGAUGCUUUCUCCAGUAAGAUCGUUUCAGCAGAGGAAGAGGCGAAGCGAGAGGUCUCACACUCGCAAAAAUAUGUCCAGAAUAAGGCCAAUGUGUUUCUAUGGCCAUAAUAUGCAGACCUAAGCUUGUCGCCUGCCCUCCCGCCUUUGGGACAACGACUCCCAUUGUUAGGGCGGAGACAUUAGCAACUCGUCAUUAUAUACAGAUCUCUGGUUUCAGCCUUUUGCGAAUUGGAAAGUAAAGUUGGUAGGUGCACAGUGCACUGUUCCAUUAGCAGUGAGUGGGUAAAAUCACUGGAGAAGCAAAGACAGAAAAAGAAAGUCAUAUUACAACCUAUGUGUUGUGUUGAUUGUUGUUUGCUGUAUAACCUGUUAGUUAAUAUGCCAUGCCACCGUGAUAUAUAGGCCUAGGCCGAGACAAUAAGAAGACACAGUGGCAGAAUAAAUUCAACCACACAUUUGUUUCAUCACAAAACCGGAGAGCAACCUCUGUCCGGUGGUCCACAAAGCAUAUUGUAUGUAACAAGCAGUUACAUGACCUACAGCAUGGUCAAGUAAGUUAAUGUUGCUGACAUUUUCGGACCACUAAACAACUAUUGAUUUAGAACCACAGAGAGUUACCACAAGUCAAAAGAAAACAGGAGCUGCCUCCACUAUUCCAGCACCAUUUCAACUACAACAUUUCAACAUCAUCAAAUCACCUAUGCUUAGUGUAAUACAGUGACAACUAAAUGAUACGAAAAACCAUUUAGUCCAAUCAAAGUAAGCUAAAUAUGAUGUGGCUGUCCAUGUUUCUGAUUUCUGUGUGUGUGUGUGUGUGUGUGUGUGUGUGUGUGUGUGUGUGUGUGUGUGAUUGCGCGUGUGUGUGAGUGUGUGUGUUUGUUCGUGCAAGUAGAAAAAACAUAUUGACUCGCCCUCUCUUUUACAGUGGCUUGCGAAAGUAUUCACCCCCCUUGGCAUUUUUCCUAGUUUGUUGCCUUACAACCUGGAAAUAAAAUUGAUUUUUUGAGGGUUUGUCCCAUUUGAUUUACACAACAUGCAUACCACUUUGAAGAUGCAAAAUAUUUUUGUGUGUGAAACAAACAAGAAAUAAGACAUGCUCUACAACAUUCGCAGAGUACGACCCUACCUUACACAGAAAGUGGCACAGGUCCUAAUCCAGGCACUUGUCAUCUCCCGUCUGGAUUACUGCAACUCGCUGUUGGCUGGGCUCCCUGCCUGUGACAUUAAACCCCUGCAACUUAUCCAGAACGCUGCAGCCCGUCUGGUGUUCAACCUUCCCAAGUUCUCUCACAUCACCCCGCUCCUCCGCACACUCCACUGGCUUCCAGUUGAAGCUCGCAUCUACUACAAAACUAUGGUGCUUGCCUACGGAGCUGUGAGGGGAACGGCACCUCCUUACCUUCAGGCUCUGAUCAGACCCUACACCCAAACGAGGACACUACGUUCAUCUACCUCUGGCCUGCUAGCCCCCCUACCUCUACGGAAGCACAGUUCCCGCUCAGCCCAGUCAAAGCUAUUCGCUGCUCUGGCACCCCAAUGGUGGAACAAGCUCCCCCACGAUGCCAGGACAGCGGAGUCACUGACCACCUUCCGGAGACACUUGAAACCCUACCUCUUUAAGGAAUACCUGGAAUAGUAAUCCUUCUACCUCCCCUUUACUACCACUGUCUUUUGUCUAAACUAACACCUGACUUAUUUCACCUGCUAGCACUGACUUGUAUAAAGACAUUUACUUAUUGUGAUCGAGAUGUAGUUGUCCCUGAUUGCACUGACUUUGCUCACAGCUGCUUGUUUGAAGAAGUGUACUUACUGUGAUCAAGAUGUGGUUGUCCCACUGUCUAUGCUAAGUUGAAUGCACAAAUUUGUAAGUCGCUCUGGAUAAGAGUGUCUGCUAAAUGACUUAAAUGUAAAUGUAAUAAAAACAGAAAACUUGAGCGUGCAUAACUAUUCACCCCCCCAAAGUCAAUACUUUGUAGAGCCACCUUUUGUAGCAAUUACAGCUGCAAGGCUCUUGGGGUAUGUCUCUAUAAGCUUGGCACAUCUAGCCACUUGGAUUUUUGCCCAUUCUUCAAGGCAAAACUGCUCCAGCUCCUUCAAGUUGGAUGGGUUCCGCUGGUGUACAGCAAUCUUUAAGUCAUACCACAGAUUCUCAAUUGGAUUGAGGUCUGGGCUUUGACUAGGCCAUUCCAAGACAUUUAAAUGUUUCCCCUUAAACCACUCAAGUGUUGCUUUAGCAGUAUGCUUAGGGUCAUUGUCCUGCUGGAAGGUAAACCUCUGUCCCAGUCUCAAAUCUCUGGAAGACUGAAACAAGUUUCCCUCAAGAAUUUCCCUGUAUUUAGCGCCAUCCAUCAUUCCUUCAAUUCUGACCAGUUUCCCAGUCCCUGCCGAUGAAAAACAUCCCCACAGCAUAAUGUUCUCAGGUUGAUGAGAGGUGUUGGGUUUGCGCCAGACAUAGCGUUUUCCUUGAUGGCCAAAAAGCUCAAUUUUAGUCUCAUCUGACCAGAGUACCUUCUUCCAUAUGUUUGGGGAGUCUCCCCCAUGCCUUUUGGUGAACACCAAACGUGUUUGUUUAUUUUUUUCUUUAAGCAAUGGUUUUUUUCUGGCCACUCUUCUGUAAAGCCCAGCUCUGUGGAGUGUACGGCUUAAAGUGGUCCUAUUGACAGAUACUCCAAUCUCCGCUGUGGAGCUUUUCAGCUCCUUCAGGGUUAUCUUUGGUCUCUUUGUUGCCUCUCUGAUUAAUGCCCUCCUUGCCUGGUCCGUGAGUUUUGGUGGGCGGCCCUCUCUUGGCAGGUUUGUUGUGGUGCCAUAUUCUUUCCAUUUUUUAAUAGUGGAUUUAAUGGUGCUCCGUGGGAUGUUCAAAGUUUCAGAUAUUUGUUUAUAACACAACCCUGAUCUGUACUUCUCCACAACUUUGUCCCUAACCUGUUUGGAGAGCUCCUUGGUCUUCAUGGUGCCGCUUGCUUGGUGGUGCCCCUUGCUUAGUGGUGUUGCAGACUCUGGGGCCUUUCAGAACAGGUGUAUAUAUACUGAGAUCAUGUGACAGAUCAUGUGAAACUUAGAUUGCACACAGGUGGACUUUAUUUAACUAAUUAUGUGACUUCUGAAGGUAAUUGGUUGCACCGGAUCUUAUUUAGGGGCUUCAUAGCAAAGGGGGUGAAUACACAUGCACACACCACUUUUACGUUAUUUAUUUUUUAGAAUUUUUUGAAAAAUGUAAUUUUUUUCAUUCCACUUCACCAAUUUGGACUAUUUUGUGUAUGUCCAUUACAUGAAAUCCAAAUAAAAAUCCAUUGAAAUUACAGGUUGUAAUGCAACAAAAUAGAGAAAAUGCCAAGGAGGAUGAAUACUUUUGCAAGGCACUGUAUAUCCAGUGGUAACGUCAUAAAAAACAGCUGUCUGUCCCGAGCUCACUGGCGUGGGAAACUCUAGGUUAGUUGAUACGUUGCAAGUUCUCGAGCAACAGCUUCAGGCUGGACCCAAUUGAUGAUUUGAUACAAUGUUGCACUUCACUAGCGGUAGCUCAAGUCAAGGCAGGUAGAAAAGGAGGCAGACAGGCGGAAUAGAGAGAUGAAUGUGAUUGAAAUUAAAGAAGUUAAAGGUUUUAAUGUAAUGUGCACAAGUACAGUGAAAUAGCUUUCUUUUAAGCUCCAAACUCAACAACACAGUAAUCAAUAUCAAUAUAGCACUAAAAAUAACAUAAUGUACAUCAAAAACACACAAGAAAAUAAAAAUAAGAAAUAAAAAGAUAACGAGAAAGUAAGAAGCUAUAUAUAGGGUCAGUUCCAAUACCAUAUUUAUAAUGUCCAGAGAUACUGGAGUGAUAGAGGUAGAUAUGUAUAGGGGUAAGGUGACUAGGCAUCAGGAUAUAUGAUAAACAGAGUAGCAGCAGCGUAAAUGAUGAUUGUAUGUGAGUGUGUGCGUGUGUAGAGUAAGUAUAAAUGUAAAGUACCAGUCAAAAGUUUGGACACACCUACUCAUUCAAGGGUUUUUCUUUAUUUUUACUAUUUUAUACAUUGUAUAAUAAUAGUGAAGACAUCAAAACUAUGAAAUAACACAUAUGGAAUCAUGUAGUAACCAAAAAGUGUUAAACAAAUCAAAAUAUAUUUUAUAUUUGAGAUUCUUCAAAGUAGCCACCCUUUGCCUUGAUGACAGCUUUGCAAUGUAGAAAAUAGUAAAAAUAAAGAAGAACCCUUGAAUGAGUAGGUGUGUCCAAACUUUUGACUGGUACUGUAUGUGCAUGGUAUGUGUGUUUGCUGGAGUGUCAGCGUACGCGAGUGUGUCGAGUCCUGUGAGUGUGCAUAGAGACAGUGCAAAAAUACAAUUACUAUACAAGGGUCAACUCAGAUAGUCUGUGUAGCAAUUCUGUUAGCUAUUUAGCAGUAUUAUGGCUUGGGGAUAGAAGGUGUUCAGGAGCCUGUUGGUGUCAGACUUGAUGCACCGGUACCACUUGCCGUGCGCAAGCAGAUAGAACAGCCUAUGGCUUGGGUAGCUGGAGGCUUUAACGAUUUUCAAGGCCUUUUCCAGGCCAUGCGAUCGAGGGCGGUGCUGUUGCCAUACCAAGCAGUGAUUCAGCCAGUCAAGAUGCUCUCAAUGGUGCAGCUGUAGAACAUUUUGAGGAUUUGAGGGUCCAUGCCAAACCUUUUCAACUUCCUGAAGGGGAAGAGGCGCUGUCGCACGACUGUGUAUGAACCAUUUUAAGUCCUUAGUGAUUUGGACACCGAAGAACUUGAAGUUCUCGACCCGGUCCCCCCCCCCCCCCCCUUUCCUGUAGUCCCCGAUCAGCUCCUUGGUCUUACUGAUGUUGAGGGAGAGGUUGUUGUCCAAGCAUCACACUGCCAGGUCACUGAACUCCUCCCUGUAGGCUGUCUCAUUGUCACCGGUAAUCAGACCUACCACCAUCGUCAGCAAACUCGAUGAUGGUGUUGGAGCCAUGCGUGGCCACGCAGUGGGUGAACAGGGAGUUCAGAAGGGGACUAAUACACCCCUGUGGGGCCCCCGUGUUGGUGGGUGAAGGUGCAGUAUACACAUUGGAAUGGGUAUAGGGUAUCUGGGAUGAUGGAGUUGAUGUGUGCCAUAACCAGCCUUUCAAAGCACUUCAUGAUUACAGAUGUGAGUGCUACAGGGCGGUAUUCAUUGUGGCAUGAUGCCUUAGAGUUCUUGGGAACAGGAAUGAUGGUAGUCAUUUUAAGACGUGAGGCUUACAGACUGAGACAAGGAGAGGGUGAAAAUGACUGUGAAUUUGCCUGCCAGCUGAUCUGCUCAUGCUCUGAGAACACGCCCAGGAACACCGUCCUUGCAGGUGUUGACCUGAUUAAAGACCUUACUCACGUCGGCCCCGGAGAGAGAGAUCACCCAGUCCUCUGGGUCGGUGGGGGCCCUCAUGCACGGUAGGGUGUUGUUAUUGUCGAAGCAUGCAUAAAAUGCAUUGAGUUGGUCUGGAAGAGAGGCAUCGUUGGGCAGAUCACGGCUGGGUCUUCCUUUUUAAUCCAUAAUGGACUGUAGCCCAUCCCACAUGCAGCAGGCGUCAGAGCCUGUGCAGUAUGAUUACAACUUAUUGAUAUAUUGUCCUUUUGCUCAUUUGAUGGCUCUGCGGAGGUUGUAGCGGGAUUUCUUGAACUUGUUCCUGUCCUUAGCCGUAGCCUCAAGGUUGACUGUGAUAGCCCUGUGUGUAGUAGCGCUGUCCUUUAGUUUAACAACAACCUCUGUGUUAAUCCAGGGCUUUUGAUUUGGGACACAGCAAACCUUCACUGUGGGGACAAUACAUCCCUAAUGCAGUUCCUUAUGAAGCCGGUGACGGAGGUGGUAAGCUCGUCAAUGUUAUUGGUGGAGUCUCUGAACAUAUUCCAAUCAGCACUCGCAAAGCAGUCCUGUAGCAUAAUCUCUGAUUCUGAUGACCAUUUCUCAACGGAGCGGAAUCAUGGGUACUUCCUGUUUGAGCUUCUGCUUGUAAACAGGAGUAUGGAGUCAUGAUCUGAUUUGCUGAAUGAAGGACAAGGGGGGGCCUUGAAUGCUUGCUUGUGGGUAAAGUAACAGUGGUGAAGGAGACAUAUUGCAUACACCAAAAUUUGGGUCGGAAUUACAGAAAGAGCCCAGGGCAGAUGAGUCGAAGUCGAAGUUGAAUUCCCAUGUACCGAAUACAAAAAUACACGUUAAAUGGGUUUCAAUCACAUUUUCAACUCUACUGACUUCUCACCAGAAAUGUUGCGUUAUAUAGCAUAUGUCCACUCUGGUAUUGGCAUGUGCACUCUAGCCAACAGUUCACAGAUAGGCUACUGUGUGGGUAUAGCCUACAUGAUGAGAUUAUUAUGGACAAAAAAGCAAGAUUAUUUUUAUUUGUCAAACGGCAGCCAAGACUCGAUGAUCAUGUCACCUGAAUAAAACCCUCAAUAUUUACUGGAAAGGAGCAUCAAGCUCAUCACCGUACACUUUCACCACCCUGUGAAUUUCAUCAUAAUUUAUUUAAUCUGUAGCCUAAUAAACUGCAUGCUUUCCCUACAAGUCGUAGUGGGAGGACCACACAACAUGUCAUUGUGUGACUUCAAGUUUACUUCGAUAUGAUGUUAGUAUAUUAAAUAUUUAAGCAUAAAAGCAUUUCCACCGACAUUUCUCGCAUAAUUCAUUUUACCGACACAAAAAGAUCCCACCUUGUCUAGCGUAUGUUGUUUUGUUGACAUUUGGAAAGUUUACCAAAAAAUGUUCUGUUUCCAUCAGGCCUGUCAUGACAUUUUUUAUUCAACAUAUCCUUUACUCGCAUGAUAGAUGUGCAGAAGAUGAUGUGCAAAUAGAGAUACUGGGGUGCAAAUUAGCAAAAUAAAUAACAAUAUGGGGAUGAGGUAGUUGGGUGGGCUAAUUACAGAUGGGCUGUGUACAUAUGUGUCUAUAUGGCAGAGGCUGGUGCUCCCACAUUAGUUGGAUUUUAACUUUUAGAUUUGUAUAAUUUAUUUAAACAUGAUUGACCGCGUGACAAUGAUUUUGAGAAACGGAACCGUUAUUAUUGAAAUGAAACUGUUCCACGGAACUGUGCAUAUAGAAAUAAUCAUAACUGUCUGGCACACAGAUCAGUAGAAAUGGUAGGAUAAAUUGUAAGCUUCCCCAAACUUGAAACUCAUGAACCGCCUACGGACUUUACUACAACACCCAUAUAAAAAAAUUGUAAACGCGCAAGCGUGUGCAUACAUAGGAGGUCCCUUGAAAAAAUGUGCCCGCAAAAAAUAACAAAUCUAAAUCCCGUCCAACUGAUUCGUUCUGCUGCCUGCCCUGGCCAGGUGGGGCUCAGCUCCCCUGAAUGAGACAUUAGCUCCCCUAAAUGCAACAAAAGUCAAACUUUGCGGGGUGGAGGGGGGUCUCUAAAUAAUGCAAAUUUAACCAUUCUCCUAUUUUACAGUGGUAAAUAUGAAAAUAUUCCAAUGAAAGGAACACCCCCACCUCUGUCAUGGUUUAAACCAUUUAUUUCUAUGUGGCAGUGCUGCCCAUCCAGUAGUGCUGAAUUAAGGCCCCAGCUGAGCUCCUUUACAAAUAGAUGUUCCUUUAUAGGCCUAAUUCCUAAUUUGCGCCAUUUGUUUGCUAUGCGUCUUGAUAAAAAUAGCCUAUCUUUUUAUUCCAAUGCAUUAGAUUGAUUUGUUGAUUCAUGACUGUUUGCUUUUGUCAGUCAGCUGUUUAGAGCGCUCAUUGCUUUGUUUUUCAGGUGUGCACGGGUACUGGUGUUCACUGUGCCGUCCGUGGCCAGAAGUAGUAGACCAUUCCUGGACCGGCUGAUGAUGGUCGACAAUAUCACUAGACAACUAGCCUACCUCUAGACACCAAUGCGCAUCCAAUCCAGCCAACAAAUAUACAUUAAUGACAGUAGGCCUAUAGUUGACUCUUUCGGUUAGAAGCAUUCAAUUUUUUUCAAUGGCAUAGGCCUACAUUAUUUUGGAUUUAAGUGUUUUCACGCCGAAACAUAAUGAAAUGUUUACGUACACAUAGUUACACUUACAGUGCAUUUUCUGAGAUCUCCAAGAUCCAUGAUUUGUACAGGGUUUAAGUUCAAUGUUCUAAUUAAAUUGUUAAAUGCUUAAUAAUGACAAAUAGCACUGUCAUAAAUGUCAUUAAUGUAAGGAAAGAAAGGUAGUGUUUUAUGUCACACGAUCUGUGAAGACUCCAAACAUGAACUAAUUAAUUAUGGACAGCUCAUGAACUAGGGUGUAAAACAUGUUUUGAUUCAACUCGUGUAUUAUAUUGAAUGUAGGAUACCUAUUCUUCAUGUGUUCAAAAUUGCCUAGGCUACCGGCAGUGGUGUAGGCCUUAAGGCCUAGUGGAGGCUAAAUGCAUGUAAACACUUUUUUAUUUUUUAUGCAUUGAAAGUAUAUGGAGCGUUACUUUUUUCACUGCGACCAGCAAUCAGAGUUUAUCCACCAUUUUUUUUAAACACUAGAUCACUUGCUACUGGUAGGCCUAUUGGAAGUUCAUAGUAAUACACCUUGUAGCCUAGUUUAGUAAGUUGACUGUGUGUGUUAGGGUGACCAUCCCGUUUUUCCCGGUACAGUUUCAGCCCUAUUUCAGGUAUCCCUACUUUUCAGGCUACAAAAAAUGUCAAUUUCUCAGCAAGACGCAUCGAUUAAUGUAGGCCUAAUCAAUGGCAAUUGCUGAAUGUCAUUAGACACACUUUUUGGUGUUUUGUAACAGAUGUCUAUUUCCAUUCAUCAAAUGGCGCGAUUAUACAUGCAGUUUGGAUGCUGGAAUUAUUUUGGAGUGGAAGAACAUGCCUACUAUUUGAAGUGAUUUGUUUGACAAUCAGAUAAAAAUAUUAUGACUAGUUGUGCUCAUAUCACAUUAAAAGGUAAUACAUUUUUACCAUUUAAAUUACGUCUUUAUUAUUAUUAGGGACAUGUAUGUUAGAAUGGAGGUUUAGAAACGACAGAUGCAUAUGCAUAUUAGCCAAUACAUACAGUGCAUUUGGAAAGUGUUCAGACCCCUUGACUUUUUCCACAUUUUGCUAUGUUACAGUCUUAUUCUAAAAUGGAUUAAAUUGUUUUGUUUUUUCCUCAUCAAUCUACACACAGUACCCCAUAAUGACAAAGCAAAAACAGGUUUUUAGAAAUGCUUGCAAAUUUAUAAAAAAUAAAUAUACAGAAUUAUACAUUUACAUAAGUACUCAGUCCCUUUACUCAGUACUUUGUUGAAGCACCUUUGGUAGCGAUUACAGCCUCAAGUCUUCUUGGGUAUGACGCUACAAGCUUGGCACACCUGUAUUUGGGGAGUUUCUCCCAUUCUUCUCUGCAAAUCCUCUCAAGCUCUGUCAGGUUGGAUGGGGAGCGUCGCUGCACAGCUAUUUUCAGGUCUCUCCAGAGAUGUUCGAUCGGGUUCAAGUCCGGGCUCUGGCUCGGCCACUCAAGGACAUUCAGAGACUUGUCCCAAAGCAACGCCUGCAUUGUCUUGGCUGUGUGCUUGGGGUCGUUGUCCUGUUGGAAGGUGAACCUUCGCCCAAGUCUGAGGUCCUGAGCGCUCUGGAGCAGGUUUUCAUCAAGGAUCUCUCUGUACUUUGCUCCGUUCAUGUUGCCCUAAAUCCUGACUAGUCUCCCAGUCCCUACCGCUGAAAAAUAUCCCCACAGCAUGAUGCUGCCACAACCAUGCUUCACCGUAGGGAUGGUGCCAGGUUCUCUCCAGACGGCAUUCAGGCCUAAGAGUUCAAUCUUGGUUUCAACAGACCAGAGAAUCUUGCUUCUCAUGGUCUGAGAGUCCUUUAGGUGCCUUUUGGCAAAUUCCAAGCGGGCUGUCAUGUGCCUUUUACUGAGGAGUGGCUUCCGUUUGGCCACUCUACCAUAAAGGCCUGAUUGGUGGAGUGUUGCGGAGAUGGUUGUCCUUCUGGAAGGUUCUCCCAUCUCCACAGGGGAACUGGAGCUCUGUCAGAGUGACCAUCGGGUUCUUGGUCACCUCCCUGACCAAGGCCCUUCUCCCCCAAUUGCUCAGUUUGGCUGGGCGGCCAGCUCUAGGAAGAGUCUUGGUGGACUCCAAUCAAGUUGUAGAAACAUCUCAAGGAUGAUCAAUGGAAACAGGAUGCACCUGAGCUCAAUUUCGAGUCUCAUGGUAAAGGGUCUGAAUACUUAUGUAAAUAAGGUAUUUCUGUUUUUUAGUUUUUAUAAAUUUGCAAACACUUUGUCAUUAUGGGGUAUUGUGUGUAGAUUGAUGAGGAAGAACAUUAAUUUAAUCCAUUUUAGAAUAACAUAACCUCUGAAUCAGAGAGGUGCGGGGGGUGUAAAGUAACAGCAUGUGGAAAAGGGGAAGGGGUCUGAAUACUUUCUGAAUGCACUGAAUGGCAUAGCCUACACAUAUAGCAAUCCUUGCAAUACAAUCUUCUCUAAAAACAGUUGUACAGUGUGCUCUGCAAUAAGAUAACCAGAGUUGGAUUUCUAAACCAGAUGAGUUCUCAAAUAGCAGCUGCCCAAUACCAUGGUGGGCAUGCAUUAUGUUGGAUGCAUUGGGAAAUAUGGUAUGGAGAGUGAUAAAGAGCCUGUUGGAUUAUAGAAAACCCAGUUGGGAAAUUAAUGUUUGAGUUUCAAAUACUAGAUUUUUUGUGAAUGGGAGUAUAUUUACUUGGUGUAAAUUAUUCACUUCCUACUAAACUUCUAAAAGUUGAUGGUGCCAAAAUCUUGCCAAACCAUUCAUUAUUCUACUAACUAUGACUGAGUGUGAGACAUAUUUUCCAUAAUGUAUGUUUCAUGCAUACAGUGAGGGUGUCACGGACGUUGAAGGACUGGUCAGACCAAGCCGCAGCGUGAAAUGCAUCCAUGUUUAUUAAACCGUAUAAACAUACAAUAACAACAAAAGUCAACGAAACGUGACGUCAGAAGGCUAACACACACAAGCCAAACUCACCGAAACACAAACAAGAUCCCACAACAUAGGCAGGAAAACUGGCUGCCUAAGUAUGAUCCCCAAUCAGAGACAACGAGCGACAGCUGCCUCUGAUUGGGAAUCACAGGGGAGGGUCCGGGUGGGCUUCCAGCCUCGGUAGCGGCUCCGGCUCCGGGCGUGACAUCUCCUCCCUUACUGACUCAGCGUUGCACCCCUGGACCGGUCUGGACCUCAACGCGGAGCUUCCCCUCUCAGUCCUCCCACGAUGCACCGAUCCCUGUCUGGACCCUGGUGUGGGAGACUCCGAACCCAGAGAGGGGCUGACGUCUGGACCCGGAGUGGAGCCGCUGACCGGAGCUGGACUGGCCACCGGUGGAGCGGACUGCUCUGGCUCCGGAGUGGAUCUGCUGACCGGAGCUGGACUGGGCACCGGUGGAGCGGACUGCUCUGGGUCCGGAGUGGAGCCGCUGACCGGAGCUGGACUGGACCCCGGUGGAGUGGAAAACUCUGGCUCCGGAGUGGAGCUACUGACCGGAGCUGGACUAGACCCCGGUGGAGCGGAAUGCUCUGGCUCCGGAGUGGAGCCGCUGACCGAAGCUGGACUGGGCACCGGUGGAGCGGACUGCUCUGGCUCCGGAGUGGAUCUGCUGACCAGAGCUGGACUGGGCACCGGUGGAGCGGACUGCUCUAGCUCCGGAGUGGAGCAGCUGACCGGUGCUGGACCAGGCACCGGUGGAAUGGGCACGGGCCGUGCCGGGAACACGCACCACUGGCUUGGUGCGAGGAGCAGGCACGGGCCGGGCCGGACUGGAAACACGCACCACUGGUCUGGUGCGAGGAGCAGGAACAGGCCAGGCCAGACUGGAAACACGCACCACUGGUCUGGUGCGAGGAGCAGGAAUGGGCCGGACCGGAUUGGGGAAACGCACCACUGGCUUGGUGCGGGGAGCAGGUACAGGGCGUACCGUGCUGGCGACACGCACCACUGGUUUGGUGCGAGGAGCAGGGACGGGCCGUACUGGACUGGGAACACGCACCACUGGCUUGGUGCGGGGAGCAGGUACGGGGCGUACCGGACUGGGAACACGCACCACUGGCUUGGUGCGAGGAGCAGGUACGGGGCAUACCGGGCUGGCGACACGCACCACUGGUUUGGUGUGAGGAGCAGGCACGGGCCGUACCGGACUGGGAACAUGCACCACUAGCUUGGUGCGAGACGCAGGCACGAGGUGUACCGGACUGGGAACUGACGUUAGAGAUCUCUGACUGUACCAGUCUUUCACACUCCGUGCCCAGUCCUCCUCCCGUGAGGACUCCUCCCUGAGCCCCCACGAGUGCAGUGGUCGGUGCUCUUCUCUGUCGAUCCCCAACCACCCUUUUAGCCCCCCCAAAAAAACGUAUUGGGGCUGUCUCUCAGCCUUCCACCUCGGCCGGCGCCUUCUGUGUUGCCGUUGCUCCUCUCCUGCCUGGGCUUCCUCCUUCGCCCAGGGUCCUCCACCAGCCAAUAUCUCCUCCCAAGUCCAAAAUGACUUCCCCACCUGAGUCCAGGGUGUCUGCUCCUGGGCACGCUGCUUGGUCCAUUUUUGGUGGGAUCUUCUGUCACGGACGUUGAAGGACGGGUCAGACCAAGGCGCAGCGUGAAAUGCAUCCAUGUUUAUUAAACCGUAUAAACAUACAACAACAACAACAAAAGUCAACAAAACGUGACGUUGGAAGGCUAACACACACAAGCCAAACUCACCGAAACACAAACAAGAUCCCACAACACAGGCAGGAAAACUGGCUGCCUAAGUAUGAUCCCCAAUCAGAGACAACGAGCGACAGCUGCCUCUGAUUGGGAAUCACACCCGGCCAAACAUAGAAAUAGAAACAUAGAAUCCCCACAUAGAAAAACCCACACAUAUAUUCACACCCUGACCAAACUAACUAGAGUCUAUAGGUCAGGGCGUGACAGAGGGAAAAAAGUAUUUGAUCCCCUGCUGAUUUUGUACGUUUGCCCACUGACCAAGAAAUGAUCAGUCUAUAAUUUUAAUGGUAGGUUUAUUUGAAAAGUGAGAGACAGAAUAACAACAAAAAAAUCCAGAAAAACGCAUGUCAAAAAUGUUAGAAAUUGAUUUGCAUUUCAAUGAGGGAAAUAAGUAUUUGACCCCCUCUCAAUCAGAAAGAUUUCUGGCUCCCAGGUGUCUUUUAUACAGGUAACAAACUGAGAUUAGGAGCACACUCUUAAAGGGAGUGCUCCUAAUCUCAUCUUGUUACCUGUAUAAAAGACACCUGUCCACAGAAGCAAUCAAUCAAUCAGAUUCCAAACUCUCCACCAUGGCCAAGACCAAAGAGCUCUCCAAGGAUGUCAGGGACAAGAUUGUAGACCUACACAAGGCUGGAAAGGGCUACAAGAUCAUCGCCAAGCAGCUUGGUGAGAAGGUGACAACAGUUGGUGCGAUUAUUCGCAAAUGGAAGAAACACAAAAUAACUGUCAAUCUCCCUCGACCUGGGGCUCCAUGCAAGAUCUCACCUCGUGGAGUUGCAAUGACCAUGAGAACGGUGAGGAAUCAGCCCAGAACUACACGGGAGGAUCUUGUCAAUGAUCUCAAGGCAGCUGGGACCAUAGUCACCAAGAAAACAAUUGGUGAAGGACUGAAAUCGUGAAGGACUACGCCGUGAAGGACUGAAAUCCUUCUGCGCCCGCAAGGUCCCCCUGUUCAAGAAAGCACAUAUACAUGCCCGUCUGAAGUUUGCCAAUGAACAUCUGAAUGAUUCAGAGGAGAACUGGGUGAAAGUGUUGUGGUCAGAUGAGACCAAAAUCGAGCUCUUUGGCAUCAACUCAACUCGCCGUGUUUGGAGGAGGAGGAAUGCUACCUAUGACCCCAAGAACACCAUCCCCACCGUCAAACAUGGAGGUGGAAACAUUAUGCUUUGGGGGUGUUUUUCUGCAAAGGGGACAGGACAACUUCACUGCAUCAAAGGGACGAUGGACGGGGCCAUGUACCAUCAAAUCUUGGGUGAGAACCUCCUUCCCUCAGCCAGGGCAUUCAAAAUGGGUCGUGGAUGGGUAUUCCAGCAUGACAAUGACCCAAAACACACGGCCAAGGCAACAAAGGAGUGGCUCAAGAAGAAGCUCAUUAAGGUCCUGGAGUGGCCUAGCCAGUCUCCAGACCUUAAUCCCAUAGAAAAUCUGUGGAGGGAGCUGAAGGUUCGCGUUGCCAAACGUCAGCCUCGAAACCUUAAUGACUUGAAGAAGAUCUGCAAAGAGGAGUGGGACAAAAUCCCUCCUGAGAUGUGUGCAAACCUGGUGGCCAACUAUAACAAACGUCUGACCUCUGUUAUUGCCAACAAGGGUUUUGCCACCAAGUACUAAGUCAUGUUUUGCAGAGGGGUUAAAUACGUAUUUCCCUCAUUAAAAUGCAAAUCAAUUUAUAAAAUUUUUUACAUACGUUUUUCUGGAUUUUUUUGUUGUUAUUCUGUCUCCCAUUGUUCAAAUAAACCUACCAUUAAAAUUAUAGACUGAUCAUUUCUUUGUCAGUGGGCAACAUACAAAAUCAGCAGGGGAUCUAAUACUUUUUUCCCUCACUGUAAGUGUUCCCUCUGCCCCCUUGUCUUUGUGUGUGAUUGUUUAUUGUGGAGGUUAGUUUAGCUCGGUGGAGCUCUUUUAUUUUGUAUUGCCUGGAUAUUCACCCAUGUGCCUUGUUGUUUCCAGUGCGCUGUAUAUUUACGCACUGGAGUGUUUGACGCAUUGCUGCGUACCGCUGUGUCAACGGAAUAAACCUGUUAUUCUGUGAUUAACCCUCCUGUGCCUGACUCCUUCAAAUCACAUCACCACAGAAACAUGGUGGUAGGUUUUUUGAUGUGCUGCUCUAGAGUUCCAUAGCCCAGCAGACUCACCUAGAGGAAAUGGGGAUGGACACAUGUUCGUUUUGAUAAAAGUCUGAGAGACUUUUUCAGGGAGGAUAGAGCAUGAGUUGGAGUGAGUACAGUAAAUCCAAUCCAACCAUUGGCCCUAGAUAAUAUGCUAGCAUCACAAGUAGACCGCCAUAGUGAAGGAGGUUUACAUAGUGCAUCAAGUAUACUAUUAUGAGUGGAGCUUACUUCUCUGUGCUCUCGAGAGAUCGCAGGUUAUUGUUCAGAAGGCUCUGGCGGUCUUUGGACCAGUCUGUCUCUGUAGCGCCUGGAGAGAGACGGAUAGAAGUAGUGAGUGUACUUGAAAGAGAGAGCCCUCACCCCUGACCUACCACUAGCCCAGGGCCUCCUGCCUAACCCUCUAAUCGCAGUCUCUCUGACAGGGAGUUACUCAAGGUGUACACCGUUGUAUGGUGCAUAGCUCUUCUCCACUUCUUAUAUGAGUGUAGUAUUAGCUCUUGAAAUUGUAUAAUGCAAUGUAAAGGAAAAAUAUAUAUAAUGACUUACUGGCAUGAAGUGCUCCAUGUUCCUGCUGAUAGCAAGCCUCAAUCUGGAUGCAGAGAAAUGUCCUGCCUUCGACUAUGGUUGCAUCUAUCUCCACCAGGCGCCAAUAAAUCAGAUUACAAACCUGCAGAGAUUAACAAAUGAAAUUGGUACCUGUAUUUAGCAUUCAUGUAUCAGUUUGCCUUCAUGUGUCAGUGGCGGUCGCCACUAGUUACCACAGUCACAAAAUCAUACAUCCUGCCUAUUUCUACAAUUUCUCUUCAUAAAAUCUGAUUUUAAACUUAACUCUAACAUAACCACACUGAUAACCUUAUACCUAACCUUAAUUAAGACCAAAAAGCUUAAGUUUGUUUCAUGAAUGUUUAUGAUUUGGCCAAUUUUGACUUUGGGGCUGUGGUAACUAGUGAAAAGCCAACAGAGCAGAUAAAAAAUAUGCACGCCAUUUUGUGCACACCAUGGUUACGACAAAUAACAUGGCAUCAAUGUGAAUUUACAGCUAAGCUAUUAUUUAUAUUAUGGCACCACGUAUCAUUUCACUAACAAUUGCUACCUUGACUUAUUCCAUCAUGACAUCAACGACAACAUGUUCCUUAUUUGACUGUAGCUAGCUGCUAGUUUAGCCAGAUUCAGCCUGUGAUUGAGACCGGGCUAAUUUGGCAGCCAAACUGCUUCAAAUAGGGUGAUUAGCCUAGGUAGUGUUAAGUUGCGUCAAUUCAAAUCUGGUAUAGGAACAAAAAGAGGUCAAUACACGUCUUCUAAAAUAGACUAGUAUUUUAAUUAAUGCAAACACUUGAAUGGUAAAUAUGAUGUUCGUAUAUACGGGCCCACUGAAAAACCAUGCAGGGCAGACAGAGAACUGAGCUUUUGUUAUAAGUUCUUCUUUAAAUACUCUGACAGAGAUAGUUCCCGCUCCCUGCUGGGCCUGUCAGAGUAGAGGCUGGGUGUGGUUUAAACUUACCCAACCUAUCGAUGGCGCACAGGCUGGUCCCAGCCCCUUGGCGCUUCACUGUUGCCGGGCAUUAGUUGUUAUCUUUACAACUUGUCUCGAGUCAGCAACCUCAGACAUAGUUUGUUCUUCUUUGUAGCAGAACACAUGUCCUUGAGCGGUUUAACAAAGAGGCAGUGUGUGUGUGAAUCACAAGUCUGUCUCAGCCUACCCCCUAACGGUUCCUCACAUUAAUCACAGCUUGUUAUGUUAAACAAUCUAUAUCAGUACAGCACAAACCUAUUAUGUUUAAUCAUUAAUGUAUUCUUUCUAAGCUAGGCAUCACAUCUAGUUAUAAGAAAAUAGAUCCCCACAAUCCCCCUUUUCACACCCGCUGGGUGUGAACCCAAAAUAAGAAAUUUCAGGGAAAUUUAGGAUUCCCCCUUUUGACACCCACUAGGCUGUCACUCAUUAAAAUACAAUACAAACAAAAAGAAUCACACUUUUAUUAAUAGGCAAUAAUGAUAAUAAAAAGGCCUUCAGUCCUUCCAUCUACACCUAACUUGUACUAGGUUGGCUACCAGCCACCCAGGAACUUCAAACCUUCACCUAAGGAAAGACAAACAUUCACAAUAGUUAAAAUGGAUUUAUAAAACAUAAAAAGACAAACAGGGAAUUUUGAUUCCCCCUUUAGACACCCACUAGGGUGUCACUCCACCAUCUCACGGGGGGCCAGUAUAAAAAAAAUAUGUAUUCACUAACUGUAAGUCGCUCUGGAUAAGAGCGUCUGCUAAAUGACAAAAAAUGUAAAAUGUAAAAUCUCACCAAUAGCAAACCAAGGGUCAUCCUCAGUCAACCCCAUCUCAGUGUCUGCAUCUCCUUCUUGAGCCCCUAGGAGGGGCAUCAUACCAGCCGUAUGCACGACAUCUGUAACAGACUUUCUCAAACAAGGAAUUACACAGGCAGCACAGCACAUUAAUAUUAGAAACACAACUACUAGGGUCAGAAAUCCAGUAACCACCAGUGCAGCAUACUUACCAAACCACUCCCCCAACCAGGAGAACAGUCUGUUUCCCUCCAUUCCAGCCAUGCUCUUCAUUUCAGCUGAUAGUUUAUCUAAACCAACUAGGGCUUUAGAGAUACUCCCGUCAGGACUGGUAUUGUCAGGGAUAAACGUACAACAAUGGCUUACCAUUCUAUAGACACCACCCCUUUCUGCCUGAUCUAGAGCCAACCUCUUUUUACUAAGUCAUAAGAGUGAGAUGGCGGAUAAAUGUUCAAAGAUCCCUUUUGUUGCAUCCCUAGUCUAGCCAAUAAAUCGUUGUUGGUCGUAACAGAUAUAAUUAAUCCAAUCCACAAUUUUGUUUGUCACCCAUCAAAAGAAUGUGGUAGUAAACCCUUCCCCUAAUUGUUUCAUAGCUCGGUAUCCAUCCAAUACCCCCCUUGGUAUCCCAAUCGCAUCCAUCUAAAUAGGGCUAUUCUCCUUCUUGUUAAAACUCCUCCUACCUGUUUAAUCCUUGGUUCCUGGUGACUAAUUCUAACUAGCUGAACCAGUAGAACCAGGGCGCACAUAUCUAGCCACCCUUUUGGAAUUCUCUGCCUUACACUGCCUUUACUGGCACACGCCCACCACACAUCGGUUACAGGGGCUGUAAGGUUCAAAAUUUUCUCCUGUGCUUCUGAACUUAAGUCCGUCACAUUACUACUAUCUCCAAUUGAUAAUUGGGGAUGUCUUUGUUUCUCUUUACCCCCCAUCUGGAUGUUCAGUCCCCCUCGGUCUCAUAUCCCCAUCCCCAAGUGUGUUUAAACACUUGAGUCUAGGAACAAUCCGCCUUGUUUUGAAUCUGACAGUCUGCCCUUCUCUGACUCCCAUUUUGUAGGCCACUCGUCCUUGACGGUCAGUAUGUCGGGUCGCUUCUCUUCUCUUUUACAUCUUAACAAUGGUAAGGGCAUAGCACAAUUGGUGGUGGAUCUUGACAUAUCAAGACCAUUGCCGAGACUAUGAUGCAACUCAAGUUAUCCAUAUUCCCAAAAACCGCCAACCCUCUCCUGUCCUCAGUCUUUCUGCUUGGUACUACCCCAUACUCACACCCUGAGAACACACUACAGUGAUGAUAGGUCAGGGUAGGAGAUCUUCGUUAACAGAGGUGAUCCCCAGACCCUAUUGGUCCAGUUCUUCUCUCUAACUUUGCAUGUGUUCAGUGGUGCUUGCAUGUGUUCUUACCUUUUUGCAGUGGGUAACGUGGACCCAGGUUGCUCUUUCUGCUAUUCUAAUGGCAAAGGCAGUUACCAAUAUAACCUGAUAGGGCCCUUCCCAACAGGCCUGCUUCCAGUUUUUCUUCUUUAGGGACUGGAUGCUCACCAGUCACCUGGUCGCCCAUGGGGCGGCGCACAAUUGGCCCAGCGUCGUCCAGGGUAGGGGAGGGAAUGGCCGGCAGGGAUGUAACUCAGUUGGUAGAGCAUGGCGUUUGCAACGCCAGGGUUGUGGGUUCGAUUCCCACAGGGUAUGAAAAAAUAGAAAAUAAUGUAUGCACUCACUAACUGUAAGUCGCUCUGGAUAAGAGCGUCUGCUAAAUGACUAAAAUGUAAAUGUAAUAGAGUGGGUCACCUUCUCCUUUAGUUCACCUGUGGGGCACAAAACCUCUGACAUACGGGUGUGGUUAAUAAACUAUCUUCACACGUGUUCAGCUCUCAAUUUCUAUUUCUGACUGCAUUCUCUUUCUAGACUGUAUAUAUAUAUUUUUUAAAGUAUUUUGUCCUCUCCUUCGUAUAUAUUUAUUAUUUAAUCCUACCAUCUACUACUAUCAUCCCCCUUUUGACACAUGUUUUGCCCAUGUGUCAAUAUUACCACCUACUAAACAAUCACUUAGGUAAUAUUGGUAAUUUAUCAUCCAAUUGCCAUCCCUUAUUUUUUGUAUUUUUUUUAGACUGUCCCUUGCUUCUUUAUUGCUCCUCCCACUUCCUUUGUCUUUUAUGGCGGCUAAAUUCGACUUUCAUUCAGUUCAGAAUCAAUUGUAAUCCAAUCAAUCAAUCCCUUAUCUUGUAAAAACACUCAUGUUUAGUUCAAACUCUGUUCUACCCCGGCUCUCCCGGGCUUGACCUGAAGACUGAUGGUUGGACAUGACAGGUCCAUACUUAAAUCUUUCAAACCUAACACAAACCCCCUAAAUUUAACAUAACAACCCUUUAUAACCAUCAUACUAGGUGUGUUGUUUUUUAUUUGAAAAACCCAAAUUGAAAAACAACAACCACAAAUAGCCAGGCCCCACUUAAUUUGGUAGCUCACUUUUAUGACCUAAAUACUGCCUAACUUCACUACUGCUCCCCCUAGCCCUGGGCAACAUUCCAAUGAGAUAAGCUAAUCUCUUUCUCCUGGUUAUACAUUUUGUUAACCUUCAAUUACCAUCAGUAAUCUAAAGAUGGUAGUACACACAAAACAUGAUACAGAUAUCCCCAGUCCUAACCCAUCAAUAAUUGUUUGUAUCAAUCUAAUUCCUCAUAACUAAUCCAUAAAACCACUAAAAAUUCCUCGAGUACACAAUGAUUAUUUAAUUGAUUACCCUAAAUCUGCUACAUGUGAUAUCAUCUCAAAUGAUCCAUUAUCAAUUAUUUGAUCAACCCCCUAGGAAAAUCUGUCUCCCCUUCUAUUGUUCCUGUCCCCCCUGUAAAUGUCAUAUUUCAUUUUUUAGCCAAUACAAUCACGGUUACAUCAAAUGUUCCCUCCUUUGGCCAUUUAGUUACUAUCUUUCUGGUCCUUUUUCUCAUUUGUUAGAGAUAUUACCAAUAUCUUCACUAUUUUCUGGGAACCUUCUCUUCAUGAUUGCUACUGGUGAUCCUGCCAUCUCUACUUCUGGUGUGGUCUAAUGUCUAUAUUAGGGUGUAAGGUAAAUUAUUCCUGUUGUCUUUUUCAGCUAAACGUUUCAUAUCCCUCAGUUAAUGGUAUUUUCUCCCUAAUAUAUCUUCAUACUCUUCUUCUUUCCCUAAAUGAGAUGUAAUCCCUUGCCUUUCCUCUACUAUCCUUCUAUCAUUACUGGAUCAAUGAUAAUAACUGUAAUAACUAUUAAUAAUAAUUGUAAUAACUAUUUCACAUUAAAUUGUGCCUUUUUCUGAUAAUGUUAUAAUUGUAGCCUAUUGCAUUACUUUAGUUUAAAAUAUAAGUUUGUUUAUUUAACCAAUCUAGAACCCACUAUAGAUUGGUGCUAUUCCCUCAGCAUAAUAGCUAAAGCUACUUGCAUCCCCUGGUCCCCAUAACGAAAAUAAAUUAUCGUUCUAGAAUUCACCAACUAUUUGCAUACACCACUGGUGUUAAGCAACCUAUCGAAUAAAGUAAUAACAAUUAGAAUUUAUCAAAGCACUGCCUUCCAGUCAAGUAUUUAGACCUCUACUUGAAAUCUUACAGCUCAAUCUAACUCGCUGGACUGUCUAUAUUUUAUUUUUAUUUUUUUCCGCUAACCAGAGCCAUAAAUUUAUAAAUUAUUCUCCUUUGUCCUCAACUCAAUUUUCACAGCUCUAUCGCCAUUUCAGUUUGCUAUUCAAUUUCUUUAACUGUUCUCUCUGAUUAGGCCCUAAUUAAUAAAACAAAUACUUGCUAUCGUUGAUAACCAUACAUUUAAUGAUAUUCCUAUCAUUUGAACUAUCUCUCACCCCUCCCCUUGCUCCUUCCUACACAACGGGGGAGGCGCGGGGACCUUGUAACAUAUUUUCAUAGACCUUUCUAGAAUACUUCUACUUAAGCUAUCUAAUUCAACCUUUCACAUUUCUCAAUCCACGUAGUAAUCUAGGUCUAUAGCCCCAAUGUGAAAGCUUUACCCACUGUCCCUACCUGGGUUCGAACUACAUACAUUGCCAGUCACCCAACACAUUCCGCGAUCCUUUCAAAGUAAAUACUUCCAGUUCAUAGAGCAAGUGACGUCACCAAAUGAAAACCGCACUAGCUCUCACCUCAUUCUAAGGUUGCUGGGGCCUCUUUCAUUCCCCGCCAAUAGAUUAGGUAAGGCUAUCAGUGGGUACUGGCCCCCUCCUACUCUCUCUCUCUCUCUCACUGCUUCUUCAUGCUCUUCUCCCAUGUCUAUAUAGUGCCCUCUGGGAGGUGAAACCGGUCUGUGCAUCAUUGGUUGAGAGGUUGCUCUACUUCCUUGUUUCCUCUCCUCGCUCAGGUCUCGCAUAGUUUGUUCCAUUUCCUUCAGCUGUUUCGUGCCUCUUCUUACUUCCUCUUCCAAUAUUUUCACUUUCCUUUUUCUUUCUUCUCUCUCUUUGUCCUCCCUUUCCUGAUUCUUCAGUUCUGUUUGGGUCAAACCCCCAUCAAGCAUCAGGCUUCCCCUGUCGCCGUCACCCAUCAGGCUCAUAUGACUUUCUUCUUCCUGUAAUCUGGACAUGUUCUCAACCCCGUCUCGUAUAGCUCUUGCUGCUUCUAGCAGUGCCCCACAAUAUCCAGUGUUGGAGCCAUUAGCUUUGGUGCCUCGUAUGGGGGUGGAGACGUAGGCAGUUCUGGGUAUAAUCUUGGUGGCGGUUCCGUAGGAAACCUGAAUCCUUCCUUCUUGUCCUGCUUCUCCUUAUUGUUCUGUUGUUCUUCCUACAUUAUCUUAAGUUUUCCCAACAUUGCCAGUCCUAUUCUUUCCUUCAGCCUUGCUUUUUCCAUUGCUUCCUUGAUUUUACCCCUUCUGGGUUCUCCCUCUUUCUUCCAUUCCCCCUCUGUUUUCUGGGUUUUCCGCUUCAACGUUUCCAGUAUUCUCCCUGGUUUGCCUCCUACAGGCACUCCACCGGGGGAUAG